CCAUAUAAAGUCACUUAAGCCACCUCUUCUUCCUGUUUCCUGAGAGGUCCUCGGCUGGGGUCUGCUCACAUGGAGGUCUCUGUGGUUUUAGAGGUCUUGAUUCUCCUUGCUGCCUGGAUUUGGCCUUGUGCUGAGAAUAUCUAUGUGAAAAUACGUUGUUCUAUGGACUGGGUGAUGGUCUCUGUUAGCCCAUAUGCAUGCAGCAGCCAUCUGUAUAUAUUUGCUGAUGAGUUAUAUCUGGGAUCGAGUUGCCCCGCAACUCAGAUACAAACAUAUGCAUAUGAUUUUAUAUACCCUGUCCAUGACUGUGGGAUCAGGACAAAGGUUGUUUCAGAGGAUACUCUCCUUUUUCAAACAGAGAUACACUUUAACCCUAGGAAUAUGCAUUGUGACCAUGAGAAAAUCCCUUUGGAGUGUUUUGCCUCUAGGAAAUCAGUGUGGCUCACACCAGUUUCUACAGAUCAUGAAAUAAAAUUGGACCCCAGUCCUUUUAUUGCUGACUUUGAGACAACACCAGAAGAGUUAGGAUUAUUAAAUUCUAGUCAAACUGACUCCAUACUUACGAAGAAAUUGAAACUUCAAAUUGAUGUCAUGAAUUUUGUUGGAAAAAUAGUUUUGUACAAAAAUAAUUGGUAUAAAUCUUUCCUUGGGUAUCUAAUUCCCUAAAACCCCUAAUCUAGUAUAGGUCCUGUUGCAGUGAAGAUGUAUUUUUAGAUAUUUUUAUUAAGAGCAUGUCUUAUUAAAGUUAGUUAUUAGAUAAUUCUGUUUCCUGUUUAAAUUUUGGUUUUAGUUCUAUGAGGUAGAUUCAGCAAUAGGUCUUCAAUGACAAUACAUUUAAUUGAUAUAAACCUCCAAUAAAUAUGUUCUAAAUAUUUUCUUUAGUAAGGAUUAAAAAAAUAGAGCUAGGCAUCUAAAUGUGCCAGAGACUAAAAUUUAAUACACUAACUCCCAGGAAAGACAAAGUGCUUUUAUAUGAAGAGACUACCUUGUGUGCACUUCACUAAUUCAUCAGUAAAGCUGAGCCCUAAAAGUAGUUGAAUGUACUUCAUAUUUGGUUAAUAAUUAGAGUUAGAUUUAUAGUCUAGAAUUUAAAUAACCACGUCCUUAACUGAAGUUUGAGGUCAGGUUUUUUCUUUAUCCCUGAUAUGAUUCUUCAACUCUUGAAAUAAUUGACUGAGGUGCUCAACAGAGACUCAUCCUCUGUAGCCUUUAGAGCAUUUCACUAGAUGAUUUAUUCACCAGCCUUCAUGCCCUUGCCUUUUCCUUAAAGAAGGGCGUCUACCCCGUGUAAUACACCAAAGAUCACUCUGAGUUGGGGAAAGUUCUUCUAUCAAUCAUGAGAAUUAAACUGUGCCAUUUGUUAUUUAGUUGCUUAUUGAAUUUACAUUUUGGAUGUUAUAUCUUUCUGGAAACAGAUUUUGCUAAAAUAUUUUUAUUUAGUUUUUAAAAAAAUUUAAAGUGCUACUAUUUUCUCAUUGCCAAUAAAAUGCUGCAUACAGUUGUUUGCUUGAA